UCGGCGGCGGGGCGGCCCUCGGCGCUCGGCGGCGGCCACGGAGCUGCCGGCCUGGCGGCUGCGCUGCGAGGGCGGGCGGCAGCGCUGGCGCUACCUGGGCGAUGGCGAUGGCGAUGUCGGAGAGCCGCGGGCGCAGACGGCGCUGGAGCAGCACAGCCUCGGGCUGGACACGGGCGCAGCGCUGCCCCCGCUGCCGGCGGCCGGCUCGGCCCGGGAGGCGGCCCGCAGGGGGAUGCGGUUCUACGCGGCCCUGCAGGCCGAGGAUGGGCACUGGGCGGGCGACUACGGCGGGCCGCUGUUCCUGCUGCCAGGUCUCCUCAUCACCUGCCACACGGCCAAAAUCCAGCUGCCGGAGGCGUUCCGGAAGGAGAUGAUCCGCUACCUGCGCUCUGUGCAGCUCCCGGACGGAGGCUGGGGCUUGCACGUGGAAGACAAAUCAACGGUGUUUGGCACAGCACUCAACUACAUAGCCCUGAGGAUCCUGGGGCUUGGACCGGAUGACCCUGACAUCGUGCGGGCCCGUGUCAACCUGCACAGCAAAGGAGGUGCUGUGGGAAUCCCUUCCUGGGGCAAGUUCUGGCUGGCUGUCUUGAACGUUUAUAGCUGGGAGGGAAUGAACACGCUUCUCCCAGAGAUGUGGCUGCUUCCCACGUGGUUCCCAGCCCACCCGUCCCGGCUCUGGUGUCACUGUCGCCAGGUUUACCUUCCCAUGAGCUACUGCUACGCCAAGCGUUUGUCAGCGGAAGAGGAUGAGCUCGUACGGAGCCUGCGACAGGAGCUGUACGUGCAGGACUAUGCCAGCAUAGACUGGCCAGCGCAGAGGAACAACGUGGCUGCCUGUGACGUGUACACCCCGCACAGCUGGCUGCUGGACGCUGCCUACGCCAUCAUGAACAUGUAUGAAGCCCACCACAGCACUCACCUGCGGCAGCGAGCCAUCGCAGAGCUGUACGACCACAUCAAAGCUGAUGAUAGAUUCACCAAGUGCAUCAGCAUCGGGCCAAUUUCCAAGACCAUCAACAUGCUGGUUCGCUGGUUUGUGGAUGGGAAGAACUCCCCAGCUUUUCAGGAGCAUGUUUCCAGGAUCCCGGACUAUCUCUGGCUGGGCCUUGACGGCAUGAAGAUGCAGGGCACAAACGGAUCCCAGCUCUGGGAUACUGCCUUUGCCGUCCAAGCCUUUUUGGAGGCAGAAGCCCAGAAGAUGCCUGAAUUCACCUCCUGCCUCCAGAAUGCCCAUGAGUUCCUGCAGUUCACCCAGAUCCCGGAGAACCCACCUGACUACCAGAAAUACUAUCGCCAUAUGAACAAGGGUGGCUUCCCCUUCAGCACGCGGGACUGUGGCUGGAUCGUGGCAGACUGCACAGCAGAGGGGCUGAAGGCAGUCAUGCUGCUGCAGGAGAAGUGCCCCUUCAUAGCCAAGCUUGUGCCCCCUGAGCGCCUCUUUGAUGCUGUGAAUGUGUUGCUGAGCAUGAGGAACUCGGAUGGAGGCUUUGCCACAUACGAAACCAAGCGAGGAGGCCACUUGCUGGAGAUGCUGAACCCCUCGGAGGUGUUUGGUGACAUCAUGAUCGACUACACGUACGUGGAAUGUACCUCGGCCGUCAUGCAGGCACUGAGACACUUCCAGAGCGAGUUCCCUGAGCACCGAGCCCUGGAGAUCAGGGAGACUCUGCGGAAGGGCCUGGAUUUCUGUCGCAAGACGCAGCGAGCGGAUGGGUCCUGGGAAGGGAGCUGGGGGGUUUGCUUCACCUAUGGCACCUGGUUCGGUCUGGAGGCGUUUGCCUGCAUGGAGCACACGUACCGUGACGGGGCUGCGUGCCGAGAGGUGGCCCAGGCCUGCCAGUUCCUCGUCUCCAAGCAGAUGGCAGAUGGUGGGUGGGGAGAGGAUUUCGAGUCCUGCGAGCAGCGCACGUACGUGCAGAGUGCCGAAUCUCAGAUCCACAACACCUGCUGGGCCCUGCUGGGGCUCAUGGCUGUCAGGUACCCUGAUGUCGACGUGCUGGAAAGGGGCAUUCAAGUGCUGAUUGAUAAGCAGCUGCCCAACGGGGACUGGCCUCAGGAGAACAUUGCCGGGGUGUUCAACAAGUCGUGUGCCAUCAGUUACACCUCGUACCGCAACGUCUUCCCCAUCUGGGCACUGGGCCGGUUCUGCCGCCUGCACCCCGACAGCCCCCUGGCUGGGCAGCUGCAAGCUGGGCUGGGGCCCCGGGAUGGAGCAGGUCAGGCUGUGCAGGAAACUGUGUCUGCCUGAACCUGGGCCACUGGGAAUGCCAGGGCCUUGGACUCGGCUUGGGUACCGGCAGCUGCGUGGGACCACGGGGGUGUGUGCUGUGUGGGAUGUCUCAGUGCUGACCUUAGCACAUGGACUGCUGCCUCUGCCAGGGAGAGCUGCUGCCCCGGCGCUGCAGAGCAUCUGCUUGCUGUUGAACCUCUUCUAAACAUUCCCUUUUUAAGGUUUUUCCCAGGUAUAUUCUCCAUCCCGGGAUGGGGAGCGAAGUGCCUUUUCAAAGCAUUUGGAAGAUCUGAGAAAGCUGCCAAGCUGUGUUGUGUUCCACAUCUGGACAGACCCUCAUCCUGAGUAGAGCAAGGCUGCCUUUCUCCUCCCAGGCUGGCUGGCUGUAUACCAAGAGUGUGGGAUUUGGGGCCUCCCCUGUGCCCAGCAUUAUGAUGGGAGGCCCCGCACAAUCCUUGCUGAGCUGUACUGAGGGUGCCAGUGAGAGCCUUUAAAGCGCUGUCUGGAGCCUGUGCUGGGAGGGGAAGGGCACCUGUCCUCACCCAGACAUGUGGGAAAAAGGAGUGCUUCACUCAAUUUUCUGAUGGGUUUGUCCCCCAGCUGAUGGCACUUGGCUUCCCAGCACCUCAGAGGUGAAGUCACCACCAUCGUUCCCACUUUGGAGAAGGGCCAGCUGGAGCAGGAAGCCCUGGGGUGGUUUGGCAUCGGGGCACAGCCUGGGCCCCAGGGCUCCAGCCUUCCCCUAGCACACAGCAAGUGCCUCUGCUCAGGCUGUGGUGUCGUUGGGCAUUCAUAAUCAGAGCUGGAAGACUGACAGGUUAAUAAAUUGUUAAUGGUGAGGCAAGAGGAA